UUCUACUGCCACCUGUUCACUUUGUGUUGCUGCUCUUCUAAAGCUGAACUCCAAAACGACAUUAAAACAACACACUCAACUCAAAUCCUCAUAUCUCAAAUUCAACUCCGCCGCCCCAUUUUCUCAGUAAAUUCGUCCAAACACCAUGGCCAUGGGCAUAAAGCUCGACUGGAGCUGGAGCUCAGCUAUAAUCGGCGCGGCGUCGGCUUUAGCAACAACGGCUCUAAUCUCCUCCAAGCCCAAGGACCCCACCUUCGACGUCGUCUCAAUCAAGCUGACCUCCUUCAAGCUCAACUUCCCGCUCCUCGACGCCGAGCUCAUCCUCACCGUCCAAGUCACCAACCCCAACGUGGUGCCCAUCCAGUAUUCCUCCACCACCAUGUCCAUCUUCUACAAGGGCGCACUUCUCGGCUCGGCAGAUGUCGAAGCCGGCUCCCAGCCCGCCAAGUCGUCCCAGCUGCUUCAGCUCCCGGCUCGGCUGGACGGGCUCCAGCUCGCACACCACGCCGCUAGCUUUAUCGCGGACGCGGCGAGGCGGGAGAUGGUGCUUGACGCUGCCGUGGAUAUCGCUGGUACCGCCAGGGUUUUGUGGUGGGAUCAUAAGUUUAAGGUCCACGUGGAUAGUCACAUCACCGUCGAUCCAAUUUUCCUCGAUGUCAUUGAUCAGGAAAAUAAGUCCAAGAUGGACAUUUCUCUCACUGGAGUUUAGAAGUUUUAUUUUUAUUUUUAUUUUUAUUUUUAAUUGUAUGGUUUCAUGCUAAGCUUAAAUUGUUACAUCAGUGCUUCCAAAAUGCAAAAUGUAAUGAAAUUGAAGAAGUGCUAAGUAAGUCCUUUCAUUUUCUUUGCGAAUUUUUAA